UCUCGCACUUAUUAUAGCCUCUUUUAAAGAGCGUAAAGCGGGAGUUUAGCCAAACGUUAUGUGCGCUGUCAAAAUACUCUGCUUAAUAUAGUGUGCGAGACCGUUUCUUCGGUUUGAGAGAGAAGUCGCCGAAAUAGUCGUCGGAAAAUGUCGACGGCAGUCGCAAAGGAUCGGAAUGCGGAGAAUCAGAUAGUCAAACAAACGGGAUGUAUGGCUGGUUUCUUCAAGCUUUUUGACCGCCACCAAUUCUUAUCCGCCAAACGCCUACCUGCACCAAAGGAUGUUGAUGAUUCGGAUUCUGAGUUUGUUGCAUCUGCUUCAAUGAAGAAACCGGAGAAGACGAGAACACUGACAUUUCCGAGCGCGGAGGUCUAUAGACUUAUUGAGCCACGUUCACCGGUGGUUGUUUCAUCAAGGCCGGUAGAAAUUCCACCGAAGUCACCGAUUCCUGUUCAAAUUUUUGAGAUGAAUGAAGGCGGAAAGAACUCGUGGAAGUUCUCUCCGAGGCUCUCACUCGAUAGUAGAGCUGCAUUUGAUGCAGCCAAAGGUAGCCUUUACCGCAAAGAGGCGGAGAGAAAUUCGUCGGAUGAUAACAGCCGAAGAUCAACAAGCGUCAUUGCUAAGCUAAUGGGAAUCGAGCCGAUGCCUAAUUCAUCUUCAUACGAACCAAUCACGAAGCAUGUUGAGCUACAAAGAUCUGCAUCAGAGUCCAGAGCUUCGCGAGAGAUUUUUCAGUCGAGGCUAAUUGAGAGUAACAGCAGUGACGAAUUGAAAGUGAAGCAAAGGAAUUAUGUGUCGAAUGAUGACAACAAUGCAGUUAAUACUGAGAAGUUUGUUACGAGGUCUAAUCAGAAGCGAAACUCUAAAUCUCCGCAGCAACGGAAAAGCUUCUACAAUGCUGCGGAUAUCUUUCCAGAGCCGAAUCAGAAGUUGUCAAUUUAUGGCGAGAUCGAAAGACGGUUGAAGAUGAAAGGAAUUGAUGAACCAAUGAAGGAUCUAGAAACAUUGAAGCAAAUUCUCGAGGCUAUGCAACUAAAAGGCCUAUUGCAUACUAAGCCUGUUGCGCCAGUCAGAAACAAAGAUGAGGUUCGUGGUUGGAAUUAUUCAAGUUCUUCUGAACCGAAGUCUCCUAUUGUACUGAUGAAGCCUAAUCGACGAGUCGGUCAGGAAUCACCGCCAAGAAUCCGAUCAAAAUCAGAUAACCGGCAAGGCGUUUCAUCAGUGAGUCCAAGGCCUCAACGGCAAAGCAUUGAUCGAAAUGCGACUAGUCCAAUUAGAGGUAGAUCUAAUUCACUAGUGAAGACAAAGCCAUUGAGUAUUGAAACCCCGAGGCGAGUGAAUGAAUCUGUAAAUUCACGUAGAGUUUCACCUGUUAGUUCUCCGAGAAGAAAUGUAGCAGAUCAAACGGUCUCAAAUAGAUCUCCGCGAAACAGGAGGCCAGUGGCUCAAUCUCAUCCCAAGGAUAAGAAUAAAAAUUCGGUGACUGUUGAAGAUGAAUCUUCGUCGAGCAUUUCUGAAAGUACUGUUAGUACACCUUCUCAUACUGAUACUGAGAGAUGUAAAAGAGAGUAUACAGAAGGAAGGAGAUUGUUAAAUCGAUGUGAUAAGCUGUUAAACAGCAUAGCAGAAAUGAAUGCAAGCGAGUCACAGCUGAGUCCAGUGUUAAAGAGCAUAGCAGAUAUGAAUGCAAGUGAGUCACAGCCGAGUCCAGUGUCGGUACUUGACUCAUCGUUUUACAAGGAUGACCCGUGUUCACCUUCACCUUCACCUGUCAUGAAGCGAAGCAUUAGCUUUCCAGGUACAGUAGUUGGGCUGGAGGAAGAAACAGGGAGCCCUGAUUUUUCAUCUGUCCAGUCUAAAUGUGAAGAUGAAUUUGAUUACUCUGAUUUAAUAUAUGUCUCCCGGAUCCUUAAAGCUUGGACUUAUGCUUCUGAAGAAGCCAGCAAUCACAUCUUCGUACACCUUGAAAAGCAGCAUUAUUUAAAAUGCAAAGACAGCACCAAGUUGUCAAAUCUCCAAAGGCGACUCAUUUUCGAUACUGUUACAGAAAUUAUGAAGCGCUACAGAGACUUCCCACCGUGGAAAUCCUUUUCAACGAAAACCUGGCAAACUUCACAGCCAUCAUUGCAACAGAUUUCAUUGGAAAUUCGAAAACUUAAAGAGCAUCAAUCAUCAGAUGACCUCUUUGAGGUAAUCUGUGGGGUGCUGAAGAAAGACCUUGCUGGAGACGCGAGCAACGGAUGGGGAGAUUGCGCCAUAGAGAUGUCGGACGCUGUAUUGGAUAUUGAACGCCUAAUAUUUAAAGAUUUAGUUGGAGAAUCAAUCCGAGAUCUUGCAGAAUUAUCUGCCAAAAGCACAUACUUGGCUCCUCGUAGAAAGUUGGUGUUCUAAAUUUAACAAUUAGGCGGAAAUAACACGAGCUCCAUUGUGUGUAGAAUUAUUCUUAGGCCAGUUUUCGUUUUUAUCACCAAAUCAAUUCUAUUUUUCUCUAUCAUCUCAACUUGCUUGCUUUUCUAUUCAAGGCAUCCUGGUGCAAUGCUUUCCGCAAUUGUCUUUGGUUUACAUUGUCCAUGAGGCUGCUCGAAACACAUACCAUGUUGGUUCAAAACUGCACACCUCCUGUGGCUCUUGCUGCUCCUAGGCUCAAAAGAUAUCAACAAUGUAAGUGUAAGCUUAGGUCUUUGUUUACCCUUCAAUCAUGAAGAUCAGAGGGGUCAACGUGCUUCCUGUGUUUUUAGCUUCUUAUAUAUCAUUGUAUUUUGCCAUGUUCCCAUAAUUCAUAUUCCAGUAGAGAAAAGUCUGAAAUAGUGUAGGGAUGCAAAAGCAUACAGCUGUGGUCCUUGUGGAUGAAAAUCUAAAAUCUUUUCCUUCACCUCUUUCA